GCGGCGCGUUGCGGACGGUGAGUGUGAAACCCACAGCCGCACAAAGUCACCGGGACUGAGAGCGAGAGCUGCUGCGCUCUGCGUCCAAACGCCUUUUACGCACCGCGGCUUCUUCCCUCCGGUGGGUCCGUGUGUGUUCCGUUUCUCCACGACAUCCCCUUCUACCGCCACGACACCGACUCUGUGUUUUUAUUCCUUCUCCCCACUGAAUCCACGCUCUGAAACCAGCCCGACCAGCGGCGGCACCGGCAGCGGCAGGAGCGGCUUCAGCCUCCGACCCGAACCAAAGCAAAGCACCGCGCUUUGCAUGCGGUGAGCAGUUCACCAGGAGAGGAAGAGGAGGAAGAGGACGGAAGUUUGUCUUUUUUCGCGUGGACAACUCAGGGCGCACGGGGACUGAAUGGUUGAGCCCAGCCCUCCAGCGCUGCACCUCCCCUCAGGUGGGGAUGUCAGCAUGGCGGGUGUCGGUGUCAAAACGGAGCAGGAGGAGUCCGUCGCAGUUAUCGCUGAUCCCCCAAAGACAUCUCCCUCCCGUGACUGGUCAGGACAUCAGCCGCUGGAGGCCCGUCAGCUGACUCCACCUUUGUCCCGCUCCCCUUCGGAGGGGUCUCCAGGUAAGGAGGCUCACAGACAAAGCCCAGUGGGACUGAAAGAGGCCCGGAUGCAUGAGCGACAAGAAGGCCAGUCCAACUUUAAGGAAGUAAUGCCGACCAUUGAGAAGCUGCUGAAUGCUGACUGGAAGGAGAAACUUCUGGAUAAAAGCACAGUGGGGGCAGGACAACUGAAAGGUACCCCAGAGUCUCUGGCAGAGAAGGAGCUGCAGUUGUUGAUGAUGAUCAACCAGCUGAGCGGUCUGAGGGAGCAGCUCCUGGGCGCCCAUUCAGAGCAGAGGAACAUGGCCGCCCUGCUGCUGGAGAAGCAGCAGCAGCAGAUGGAGCUGGCCAGACAACAGCAGGAACAGAUCGCCAAACAGCAGCAGCAGCUGAUCCAGCAACAGCACAAGAUCAACCUCCUGCAGCAGCAGAUCCAGCAGGUGAACAUGCCCUACGUGAUGAUCCCGGCCUUCCAUCCCAACACCCAGCCCCUCCCAGUCACCUCUGACCCCCAGAUGACCCUACCACUGCAACCCAUCCCCUGCAAACCAGCUGUGGAUUACCCCAUGCAGCUGCUGCCCAGCCCUCACCCCACCCCCGUCAAGAGAAGCAGCGGCUCCUUCAGACAGGAAGCCAGUCAGCCCUUGAACCUGACCUCCAAGCCUAAGGGGCUGGAGCUGGGGAAGACACCCAGCCCGCAGAGCCUGGAGCUGGGGUCCCUGGGACUGCAGCCCCCCUACAGACCCAGAGACCUCCAGAGGGAAGUGUCCCACAGCCCGCCACGCUCCGCCCUCAGUUUCCUUGGAGACGGCGAUGUGGUGACCCAGGCGAUCCAUGACGCUCAGCAGCUCCUGAGGAGUCACAGCGGCGGAGGCAGAGACCGAGACAGGGACAGGGAGCGAGACGGCGGCGGGAAGAUGGAUUAUAAAGAAUCACCUCGCAGCGAGAGGGUUUCUCACUCCGAGCGCAGUGACGACAGACACGGCCUUCCGUCCACUGAGGACCACCUCAGCAGUGACUCUGAGGGAGCUCUGCCGGUGUCGGUGUCGGGCAGCUACGCCGAGGCCCGGGCCCCCCCCUCCUCAGGCCACAUCAAGAGGCCCAUGAACGCCUUUAUGGUCUGGGCCAAGGACGAGCGGAGGAGGAUCCUGCAGGCCUUCCCCGACAUGCACAACUCCUCCAUCAGCAAGAUCCUGGGCUCCAGAUGGAAGGCCAUGUCCAACCAAGAGAAGCAGCCGUACUACGAGGAGCAGGCCAGGCUGAGCCGCCAGCACCUGGAGCGUUACCCCGACUACAAGUACAAACCUCGACCCAAGCGGACCUGCAUCGUGGAAGGACGGAGGCUGAGAGUGGGGGAGUACAAGGCCAUGAUGAAGAGCCGCCGGCAAGAGCAGAGAGCCACGUACGCACACAGUCAAACGGACCCUCAGCAGAUCCACUACGCCCACAGCGAAGCCCAGUACCCGGGGGGCGGCGCCGGCUCAGUCUCCGUGGCAACCAUGCCCUUUCACCCGGCGUUGCUGGAGCAUUAUCUGCCCCCGGUCCCGUCCGCCGCCACGCGCCGGGCGGAGGGUCAGGCCAAGCCCUCGGCCCCGCCCAGGGAGAGAGAGAGGGAGCGAGAGAGGGAGCGGCCGCCGUACAGUGAGGGCGAGGAGAGCGACGGCGGCGAGAGGAGCGAAGGGGAACUGGUGCUCCUGACGGACUGA